AUGGCCGAUGACGAAUUCGAUCGAGUAUCUGAAAUUUUAUUUGACGGAAUCAGUUCUCUUAGUAAUCUUGGCUCACCUGGAACUCUCAUUCCAAUCACAGAACACACACGUGCUGUUCUUUGCAGUGAAAAUUUCAACAAUGUGAUCAUUGCGGCUGCUCGAUUUGGCAACGGUCGAUGUUUAGUAUUUGCACACAACAGUUAUACAGAGAUUUUUCUUGAUGAUGAAACAGAAGAUAAAGAUUUUAUCGAGAAUUGUCGACAAUGGCUUGCUCAAGGACAUGAUGCUGAAUUCAUAUCGAUUAAUGAUAUAGAUUCAAUGGAUCACGUUGUACAUGAUGGUAAAAUACUCAUAUGGGAUGGACAUUAUACAAAGAAUGAUGUCUUCAUGAGUGAUCUGUACUCAUAUUUGCAAAAAGGAAGUGCCAUAAUUUGCGGAGCAACUACCUGGGGUUGGCUUGAACAAAACGAGGACAAACUUCUUUCGGAUUUUCCUUUCGCAAAAUUUUGUGACUAUAUUGGUGUGAAAUUAACAGCUGACUGUAUUGAUAGUCCGAAUCCCAUUUCUUUUCAACCCGAAUUAGUAGAAUUUAAAAACGUACAUCAUAUUCUUCAUAAUCUUAUUCAAAAUCCGAGUAACAUCAAAUAUUUAUCGAUUGUCGCCGCAGCCAUAAAAGAAGUCGACAAUAUGUUACCUGGAAUCUCGGUUGAAACGCUAACAAAUAUUGUUAGGCAUGCUAAUCAUGAUGUAAUUCCAUCGAGCAAUAUUCCGAUUCGAGAUAAUUCAUGUCGAGAACAAUCAAAAGGCAUUUGUAGUAUUUUGUGUGUACUACCAGGUAUCAAAGCUCUCGGUAUAAAAGAUUUCCCCGGUGAUUUUGAUUAUCCACCAGAAAUUGAAACGAAUGUGGAAUGUCAUAUUGAAUCGAAUUCCAGUGAAUGGUUUUCUACAGGUUACUAUGUAGCUGCUGGCAUCCCUAUUCAAAUUGAUGUUUUGCAGCGAAUAGGUGCAAGUGGGUGGUUAGCACGAAUCGGCUGCCAUAGUGAUGAUCUUGAAAGCUGCAACGAAUUUCGUCGAUGGUCUUGCAUUUCUAUAUGUAAACCAUUGGUUGGCAAUUAUAUUCGACUGAGUUCCGCUUUUGGUGGUCUUCUUUUUCUUGAAAGUCCUAAAGGCGAAAUGAAUUCGAUUACUGUUCAUUUACAUAAUGUAGUUGUGACUCCUACAUAUGAUCUAGUUGAUCCCAACCGGGCGGCAAAAUGGGAAUAUCAACGUCAAAAUACGCAAGGCCUUUGGGCAGAUAUUGCUGGUCGACAUAUUGUGUUCAAUAUUCCUUCGAAGAGUGUUCGCCAUUUAGAUGCUAACGAAUUAGAUCAGGUUCUUCAAUUUUGGGAUAGUAUUGUACUUGCUCAUCAUGAAUUGAGAGGCACAGAACCGACAUAUCGCGAGCGUAUCGUGUGCGAUGAACAACCUUCGAUUGGUUAUAUGCAUAGUGGUUAUCCCAUUGUCACACAUAUGAACGUGUCUGAUCCGGAAUCGGAAGAUUUCAUACUCAAUGGCAAGAAAUUGCGCGAAAAUGGUGCAUGGGGCCUAUUUCAUGAAAUGGGUCAUAACAUGCAGCGAGAUUGGUGGACAUACGAUGGUACUGAUGAAGUAACGACGAAUAUUUUUACUUUGCAUGCCAUGGAUACUGUUUGUCAUCAUCAAGUAUGGAUUCAUUCUUGGCUCAAGGAUAAGAUAUCCAGUACACGCAAGUACAUAAAAAAUGGAUCAAAUUUCGACGAAUGGAAAGAGGAUCCUGGCAUUGCUCUCUUUAUCUACGCACAAUUAAUACGAGAAUUCGGUUGGGAUAGUUUUAAAGCCGUUUUUCGUCAAUAUGAACAAGAUCAGCCAAGUCUCAACAGCGAUCAAGAAAAAAUAGACCACUGGAUUGAGACUUUCUCGAGUCAAGUAGAAUACAAUCUGGUACCACUAUUCAAAUUUUGGGGUUUCCCUAUAUCACAAUCGACUAUUGACUCUCUUAAUGAUCUAACAAUUCCAAAUAUUUCUGAUGAAUUCAUCAAGAUAGCACCAGAACGUUAUCAAAUCUAA